AUGGCCGGCUGCUGGGUGCUGGCUGCUGGCUGCUGGCGGUGUUUCCCUUGCUGGCGACGCGCCGCGUCUACAUACCCAAUAAGCACAUCCCCCCAGCAAGUCAAGGACUUGUUCCUCACAGGAAAGUGGACCUGGAGGAAUCGUUAUAUCGCAGAGUACUUGCGGUCCUGCAGCUUGGGAGGGGUCAAUCUGCUACCUGAUAAUCUUAAAGUCCUAGGCCCUAUAGUGGUCCCUUGCAGUGGCGCUCUAAAGGAACCCCAGCCCUUUCGCACCGGCUCCAGCUUCACAACAAGCCAUUGCACCCAGAAUGACAACAUGAAGAAGUGGCACUACUGGCUGGAUGCCUGGGCUGCUGACCAAGGAGUCAACGCGUCGGACUACCACCACCGCAUCCUUAUCCUUCCUAGUGGAUUUACUGCGAAGAUUGCUGGCUGCGGCAGCUUUUCGGGCAUGGCAACCCCUGGGCGCUGGUCAUUGGACCGUACGGCAGUCAACGACUGGGGCAGCGGUCUAGUUUGGUGGAGUAGUGACAACUUUGCAGACCUGGAGGUUAUUUUUCAUGAGAUCAGCCACAACUACGGCAUGGCCCAUGCAAACAUUCCCGGCGGAUGUAAUGUGGGCUGGGGGGAUCAAUGCGAUUACACCUGCGCCAUGGGCUCAGCUUCCACUGGCCAAGGCAUCCGCUGCUUCAACGCCCCACACAAUUGGCAGGUCGGCUGGGGUAGCAAGCCCGUGCUCCAGCUCGAUGGCAAGGGCCUGGUACACGGCAACGCCACUACCGUGCGCAUCCCACUACAGACGAGCAACGUGCAAUCCUCUUUGAUUGUCACCGGGAAUGGCCUCCUGCUUGGCCAGCGGCUCUUCAUCUCGGCACGAGUGAACACUUACCGGUACGACUUACCCUGGGAUUUCUGGUACGAUAAUGUGCCGUACGUUCUACUCCACACGUACAGCGGCACCGAUGCUGUGUCGUACGUUACAACGGUCCUUGUGGGCGAAAUCCGGGUCGGCCAGGCGUGGAGAGAUCGCAACAGUAGUAUCUCAGUGCGCUUCGACUCCUACGACAGGUACACGGGUGCCGCUGUGCGGAUUUGCAGCCGCGUUGCUGAUGCGGAGCAAAACUGCGGAGAUGGCCUGGAUGAUGACUGCGACUUCCUGUCGGACUUGGAUGAUCCGGACUGCAAAGGAAGAAACGGCCCACGGCCUCUUUCACCCCCACGCCCUUCCAACCCUCCACCAACACCAACACCAGCACCAUCACCGCCGCCCAGGCUUUACCCACCGCCGUCCCCUCUACGACAGGCUUUUCCCCGAAUACGGCCAUCAUCACCAUCGCCCAGAUCUCCCCCGCAAUCGCCGAUGCCAUCACCCCGUCCCCGUCCCCCGUCCCCCCCGCCAUCGUCACCCAAGCCCCCUCCAUCUCCUCGCAAGCCACCCGCACCCUCCCGCAAGACCAACCCCACAGCUCUGAAGAGGAACCAAGGACCGCAGUAG